UCUGAUGCAUGAGGUUAUCCGUGGAAAGGCCAAAUAUUGGGGCUUCUCUCAUUUUGUGAACAGAGAACACUCAAAUCUCUCUAGCAAAAUUCGGCGCAUUUCAAUACAAGGAAGUAUCGAUAGUGUUCUUGAGAGCAACAAGGACUCAAAGAUACGUUCUGUUUCUCUUUUCAAUGUUGGUAAGAUGCCUAACUCCUUCGUGACUACACUUAUCAUGGAUUUCAAACUUAUAAAAGUACUUGAUUUUGAAGAUAGUCCUAUAGAGUAUCUUCCUAAAGAAGUGGGGAACCUCUUUCAUUUGCACUACUUAAGUGUGAAAAAUACAAGAGUAAAUGUACUUCCCAGGUCCAUUGGUAAGCUUCUCAACUUGGAGACAUUGAAUUUGAAGCGAUCUCUUGUGAGUAUGCUCCCAGCUGAAAUCAAGAAUCUGAAAAAGUUGCGAUAUCUAGUGGCAUACAUUUCGGGCGAGUAUUGUAAUUAUGGAAGAGUAGUGAAGAUACCUGAGGGCUUUGGUUCUUUAAUGGAGCUGCAGAAGCUAUUUCUGGUGGAAGUUAACUUUAAGGAACUCAAAGAGCUUUCGAAGCUAAGGAAUCUGAGAAAAUUGGGAAUUAGGGUCACAAAUGGAAACGAGAAGGAUCCAUAUGCUUGCAUUGGAAAUUUGGAAAAACUUGUAUGUUUGUCUAUACAGGUGACUAGCAGAGAAGAAAUUCUUGAUAUAGAAUCGAUGACUUCUCCUCCUCCUUGUCUUGAGCGAUUGCACUUAAAAGGAAAUAUGAAGAAGUUGCCCGAUUGGAUUCUUAAACUUGACCAUAUUGAAAGAAUUAGUUUGGAAUUGUCAGGAUUAACUGAUGAUCCCCUUAGAGUCCUUAAAGACCUGCCUAAUUUAUUAGAUCUUAUGCUAUGGGACACAUGCCAUGAUGAGCGAUUACAUUUCAAAGAAGGUUGGUUUCCAAAACUAAAAAUUUUGGAACUCGUUGACUUUAAAGGAGUGGAAUUGAUGAUUAUAGAGAAAGGUGCAAUGCCUAACCUUGAAGACUUACGUAUUGGAUCAUGCCCUCGAUUGAAAGAGAUUCCAAUUGGAAUUGAACAUCUAAGAAACCUGAAGAUUCUUGUGUUUCGUCUUAUGUUGAAAGAAAUUUAUUAUAUGAUAAAAGACGAGAAGUGGAAGGAAGUUACUCAACAUAUACCAAAAAUCAGUGUCACUUUCAUAAUGAAAGGAAAAAUAUAUUAUCACACUACUAAGUAUCUCUCGUCUGUCUUGCCUGUGGAUUUUGAGAAAUAUAUUAAAGAAGUGGAGCAAAGUACCUAGUCCUCUCAUCUGUGAACAACAGAAGAUGUAUCUUGGAUUGUGAGAAAAAUCGUCCUCCACAUGAAUAAACCAGGUAAUUUCAAGAUUUUAUGUACUUCUUUCUUGUGAAUGGUGUGGUAUUGGUGGCGAUAUCUGGCAGUGUGUGAUUGUUGUAUUGUCGGGGUAAUGGUAGUAGAGACUAAGUAUUACUUGCAGUUGUUCAUGUAAUAUGUAAAAUACGUUUGAUUUAGCAUGUUUCUUCAACUUUUGAUUUGCUGAUGUUAUUGUAAUGGUUGUUUCGUUUGUUAAUUUACAUCUACCAUGUUGGGAUUUUUCUCGUUCAAUGAAAGUUUAUCGGUGGCUACUUCCAUUCGAAAGUAUGCCACCUUUGCCAGUAGUAAAUAGCUCUCCUGAUUCACCAUGUUUCCAUUUAUUCGGUCAGUUUUAUUCCAUGAACUUGCAUCUGCAUAUACUUGAUUUAAUUAUUUUAUGUCAUGAGUUUUGCCUAUUCCAUUUUCUUUUUGUUGGCUUAAAGAUAUUUUCUAAAUCUUUAAUAUCAAGAAUUUUCGACGAAAUAGAAAUUUAAAUACUUAGUUUGGCAGCUGAGAAAUUGUGGGACAAGUUAAAGAAAGUAUAUAUCUGCUCUACUAGUUUUGGAUUUUUUUUGCAAGUUUGUAUUGUAUAUAGAAAAACAGAGUCCCCUGUUUUCCUCUGUUCCCUGUUAACCAAACCCUCACAAAUUUCUCCCAUCCAGAACAUCUUCUAGUUUGAGAUGGCUUGCCAGAUGUGAGAGACCUGUACCUGGUGUUACUCACUCAACGAUUAAAAAUUUUGUCUUAAAGAAACAUUCUUCUACAAUAAAAGGUCUAACCGCAAUGACAUUAUAGGAGACUAUAUAUCCCCUGCACUAAAUCAGAUAUAUUAAUUCAUUAUUAAUCAAAAAGUAAGGUGCCUUGUUAAGACCACACUUGCCGAUAAAGUUUUCCAAAGCGAAGCUGUGAAAAGGAACUUUGAAUGCAAGGCUUGGAUCAAUGUUGGAAAAUAAUACACUAGAAAAGAUAAAUUAAAGACAAUUAUACAAGAAUUUUACCGUCUAACAGGGUCCACUCCGGGGGGAUAGAAAAAAUGAAUGAGAAGGAUCUAAUCAUCACAUUAUGCUCAUAAAACGGAACAGGGGCAGUGCUGGUUUCGUACCAUUUUUAAUCUGUCAUGUUUGCAUGCUUGAACCUUUACCUCAUUACAAGGCAUGGCAACUUUUUUGCACAAAGGCAUUUGGCAGUGAGGUGGGUUCUCCCCCAGAAUUUGAAAAAUUGUCCCAAGACAUCCUUGCAAAAUGUGAAGGUCCACCACCAGCCGUGGUUGCGGUAGGUGGUCUUCUGUAAAACAAGAUCUAGUUUGUCUCUGAAUGGCAAAAUUUAUUUAAUGUACUCGGAUCAAAGUUGGGAGGCGAUCCCAUCUAAAAGAUUGUAAUAGAGUUUUAUAUGAAGGUUAUUAUGAUGAGUAAUACUGCACUCACUAAUACUUCUCACUAACCAUCUUACUAACCUUUGUUAAAAUCACAUAUGGUAUCUGAAUUAUGCAUAUAGUACCCAUACUAUACUUUAGGUUAGUAUGCUAAUUAGUAAAAUUCGUUAAAAUCACAUAUGGUAUCUGUACUAUACGUAUGAUACUCAU